AUGAGAAUACUUCACGCCGUCACUGCAAUCGAGGACUAUGGUAAUACUACAAUUAGGGAUAAUUGAGACAACAUCGAAUAUCGUAAUCUAAGUAAUUUUUGAUUUUGAUUCCGGUAAUUGACUAUGUUAUAAUGAUAAGUGAUUGUUUAUUUUAUAACGUGUUUUAAGUUUUUACCUUUGAAUUCUAAACAAUGUUUCGUAAUAAUAAUUUAAAAAAUAAUAUUAAUAUUUGUAUUGUGUUUUUAUCACGGCCCUUUAUCAAUAUACAGUAUUAACUGUAGGGUGUCGAGUACCGAAUUCUAAAUGUUUUGUAUCGCCCAUCUCUAAAUACAAUAAUGCUAAUAUACUAUUAUAGGUGCUACAAAUACAACACUACAUUACUUACAAAACAACGGUGUCAUUUCGCCGUACGAGUACACGGUAUGGGCAGGGUUUAAAUUUGAAACUCCCGUGCAAAAAGCGCAUCCUUGGUAAUAGUAUAUUAGGUGUAUAUAACUUCAUGCAUGUACAAAAUUUCACCCCUCCCCCCCGGGUUUUAUUUGGAGGAUCUGUAGGAGUGUUUAAAGCUAAAAACACCGCCCGUAACCACGUGGUAAAAUUCGUAUAAAAUACAAACAGAAUUUUUUUUUAUAGUUUAUGCAUAAACAAAAAAUAUAUAUUCUGUAUAUAUAGUAUAGGCAUACGUACACUAUCAACAUGAAAUAAUAAAAUACAGUUAAUUUUUCAUACCUUAACAAGUUUGAAUAUAUAGUUUGUACAUUGGGGAGGUCAUGUUUUUAUUUUUCUUGCGAUUUUCUAAAUUGGAAAAAAAAACGUACCUAUAGGAAAAACCUACGGUGGAAAUGAUUUCAUGUUUCAAUUUUGUUUGUCUACCAAAAGUCGUGUUCCAAAUUUCAAGAGUACCUAACAUAUUUUCUGAAGGAAAAUUUUGCCUAGUCAGUGCAUAAAAAGGUUGCGUUUUUCUUUUUCUUGUAGUCAUCUUAAUAAUUGGAAAAAAAUAAAAAACUUAGGAAAAACGAGAAAGUUUACGAAAGAACGCGUAUUAUGACUUAUAUAAGUCUAGCGCUUGAUGGGAGGAGGAGUAUGGAGAAAUCGACCUUGUAAAACGUUUGCAUUCCCUUAUAUAAACGGCACCCCUGCAUCCGUCCGAAAUAUUUAGCGUUAGAGUAUGAAAAACGUAUCGCCGGCAGCGUGUAUAACACGUUUAUAGGAAAUGCGUGUUAUUCGAGAAUAAAUUAUACGAGACGUGUAAUUAUAGUAAUUCACAAGUAAAAAAGGCUAACACUUCUGAUGGGUGUGCCACUGUUUUGGGCAGGAGGUUGAAAGGGGGGGGGACAUCUAAAUAGUAAUUUCAUUUAUAUGAGCCGUAUGCGGCGAUAAACCAUUAAAAACGAACAGCACGAUUCUGAGUAGAGCGUAAAACAAUAAGCCGUACGUAUGUUUUCCUUGUCGCCAAUAUGUGACCUUGUCAAGAUCAACAAAAAUUAUACGGAAAAUCGCCAGUUUUUUCAGUUUAAUAUAAAAAAAAAAAAAAAAAAAAAUGCAAGAAAAAUCAUAAUAACCUUCAGCGCGUAAACUAGAUUACGAAUUCUACAAGAAAGUCUCUAUGGCGUUUUCGAUUGGAGAAAUAUUUCCGUUAGAAAACGCGAAAUAAAGCACAAAUUGCAGUGAAACCGACGCGUUUCGUCGCUAUGCUCAGAAUUUAAAAAAGAAAAAAAUACAAAAUUAUUGCUCUGUUUGCAGGCGUUUUCCGGAAGAAAAUCGCGUCCGCGUCGGCGGCGUACACGCUGUGCUCGGGCGUGGCGUUCGGCUACGGCACCGUGACGGCAGCCAAGGCGCUGUUCCUGCGGCCGCCGCCGGUCCCCGUCACCGACUUCAAUCGCGCGCUCUUGUCGUUCGCCGGUGCAGCGUUCUUAGCGCCGUCGCUGAUCGUGCCGGCCGUCAUGUGGUUCGAGACGGACAAGCUCCAGGCGUACCUGCAGGAGUGGCAACGUUUCCAAGUAGGCCGCCCGCCGCCCGAAUAA